AUGCCCUCUCUCAAUCGAAAUGGAGUUCGCAUCUACUAUGAGGUGCACGGAGCAGGACCACCUUUGCUCCUCACCCACGGCUACUCAUCGACGUCUGAAAUGUGGGCCGGUCAAGUUGCGGCGCUGUCGCAAAAGUUCAAACUAAUCAUUUGGGAUAUGCGUGGUCACGGUCAAAGCGACUACCCUUCUGAGCAAUCGGCAUAUAGCGAACCGAACACUGUGGCAGACAUGGCCGCACUCCUAGACGAGGUGUGCGGCCCAAGGAGCACGGCCAUUGUUGGCGGUCUUUCACUAGGUGGAUAUAUGUCUCUUGCGUUCUAUCGCGUCCACCCGUCUCGCGUGUCCACGUUGCUCAUCAUCGACACUGGACCUGGGUUCAAGAAGGACUCUGCUCGGGAGCAAUGGAACGAAACGGCGUUUGCAACAGGAGAGAGAUUCGACCGGGAAGGUCUUGCGGUCCUGCAAUCUAUGAGCGCGGAGCGAGCCUCUGUCAGUCACCGAGAUGCCAAAGGACUUGCUCUUGCUGCGGGAGGCAUGUUGGCUCAAAGGGAUAAUCGAGUGAUCGAGUCGUUAAGCCGUAUCAAAGUGCCGGCUCUCGUGGUUGUAGGUGGUGACGAUACACCGUUCCUGGCAGCAAGCGAGUAUAUGGCGAAGAAGAUUCCAGGGGCGAAAAAGGUUGUGAUUCCGAAUGCAGGGCAUGCGGUCAAUAUCGAUCAACCCCAGCUCUUUCUGGAGGCUGUUUUGGAUUUCCUGACCAAUGUUAAGCAGGGCGGUCUUGGUCAGCAGAAGGCUUCUCUGUGA